UUUUUUUUUUAAUCUUUUUCACGAAUUCUCAUUGUGGCCUGACAUCAUGACAGCAGCAAGACUGGCUAGAUCCGUCCCUGUCAUUCAAACAAUGUGCUCACCACUUUGCCGUUCUUACACUACAAAUACAAAGCCCCUUGCCAACACAUUGACACUCAUCCCUGGAGGAACUCGAGGCAUUGGACUUGCAACUGCAAAAUUAUUUGCACGUCAAGGUUCACGAAUUGUGAUCUUGGCUCGCGACCAUCAUCGGAUCCAACAUGUCCUUCAAAAGGAAUUAGAUCCCUACGUCUCAUCUUUUCCCCCGGCAUCCUCCUCCUCUUCAAAUAGCAAUAGUAAUCAUCAAAGUCAUAACCAAACUCAAGAUCAAGGCCAUCUUGGAUUCCAAUGCGAUGUUUCUAACCAAGAGGCAGUUGAUCAAGUAAUCAAGGAUGUGACUAAGGUUGGAUCCAUUGAUUACUUGAUAACAUCUGCAGGAAUAGCCCGGGACUCUUUGCUCAUCGCUCAUAACCCACAGGAUAUGGAGAAUGUGAUCAAUACCAACUUGAUGGGUACCAUGUGGAUCAACAAGGCUGUUGCUAAGGGCAUGAUAAGACGGAAAAAAGGUGCUAUCAUCAACAUCUCAAGUGUUGUGGGUAUCCAUGGAAAUAUUGGGCAGACUGUUUAUAGUGCCUCCAAGGCGGCCAUCAUUGGAUUUUCUAAAUCACUUUCCAAAGAACUGGGAUCUCGAGGUGUCACCGUCAACGUGAUUGCUCCUGGUUACAUUGACACUGAUAUGACAGCAGGUGUCUCUGAAGAAAGAAGAAAGGAUAUCAUUGCAAGGACAUCCCUUGGUCGUUUUGGACAGCCAGAAGAUGUAGCCGAAGCUGCCUUGUUCCUUGCACAAUCCAAAUUCAUCACUGGACAGGUGCUUAAAGUGGAUGGUGGUCUGAUACUCUAAAUCUUUGCAUUUCGCAAAAACACGUCACAGUAAUCUAUUUUUCUUUUUUUUUCUUUUUGGUGGCAAAACAUUGCCAGAAUGCUUAAUUUUUUAUUUUUCUUUAAUCAAGAAAAGAAAUAAAAAAAUAAAAAAUAAAAUGACAGUUG